GUGCGACUCGUGUUUCGCCAUCAGGUGGAAGACGGUGUCUCCUCUCUCUGGUCAGUUUCACGGGAGGAAAGGUAGGAGAGCGCAAAGACCGUGAGAAGCGGUUGGGAAAAAUCGUUUUGAAAGGUCAUCCAACUCGGAAUUCAAAGUCGGAAACUCUGGCAUCUUUCUAGAGCUCCGAUUUUUCGACCUGGAGAUCACUGACAUCGUGAUUUGACCUUGUUGACCAUCCGAUGCAGAUGAUGAAUGACAUGCUUGGUGACAGCAUUGGCACAAAGACCACCAGCAGCCCAACCCUAGUAACCAGCAUGCAGAAGCCUCUCCUCCUUCCCCAUGGCAUUCUCAUCACCGCCUGCAUUCCGAAGCUCACCCCAGUUCCUUUCCUCACUUCCACUACCCCACGCCCGUUCCCUCCCUCUACACCUUUGUCAGAUCCCUCCCCCCACCCCUGUCCGCUCCUCCCUCCCACUCUACAGCCUAACCCCUGCCCUGCUCCGGUCCCGUCACAUCCGCCGUCGCUUCUGCUCCACCUCCCAGGGCUCCUCCAUUACCAACUUCCUAGCCCAGCAGCAGAGGCGAGAGAAGGAGAGCACAUCCCUGCUUUAGGACUUCCUGAGGAGACAGGAGGAGCAGGUGCGUCGUGGCAGGGCGGAGGCCCAGGAGAGGUGGCACUAGAGGGAGGUGCGCAUGGCUGAGUCCCUGGGUAGGAUGACCACGGCUCUGGAGCUGCUCUCCUCUAAACAGAACACAGUCAUCACCCUGCUGCAGAUACUUUCCAAGAGAGACAGGAAGUGACAGUCAUCGCCCUGCUGCAGGGUUGUCACUAGCUUAUAUAGCACAAAGUCACAGGGCUCAUUUGAGUGGUAUGGCAAAAGCAACAGACUCUAGUCGAGGAGUGAAGUCAGGGGAGGUGCAUCUUCAACUGCUGAAAGUUGGACACUAAUGUGGUUUUCCAACAGCAAGGUUCAGGACGACGCACAAGACAUUCUCCAAACACCCC